AUGCGGUGCUCCACCGUGCUCGCCAUCUUGACGGGGGUGCUUCUGUACUUGGUGCUGGGUGCCGUGGUGUUCCGGGCCCUGGAGACCCCGCGAGAGGAGAACAGGCACAUGAUGCUGCAGACAACGCGGCAGGACUUCCUGUUGAACUUCACAUGUGUCGGCGAAAACAACCUACAGGCCUUUCUAGAGGAAGUGGUGGAGGCCAUCGGUGCAGGUGUGGAUGCCACCAGCAACACCAGCUUUGUCAGCCAAUGGGAUCUGGCCAGUGCCUUUUUUUUCUCAGGGACAAUCAUCACAACCAUCGGUUUUGGAAACAUCUCCCCGAAAACAUACGGAGGGCAGCUGUUCUGCAUUUUCUACGCCCUGGUGGGAAUCCCACUGUUUGGUAUCCUACUCGCUGGGGUUGGAGACCAUCUGGGUACUUGGCUGAGGAAAGCUGUUGCCAAAAUAGAGACUCUCUUCCUGAAAUGGCGUGUGAGUCCCACUAUUGUGCGAGUGAUCUCAGCCGUCCUGUCCAUCCUGCUUGGUUGCGUGCUCUUUGUUGCAGUACCUAUCCUGGUCUUCCAAAGGGUGGAGGGCUGGAGUCUUUUGGAGUCGGCCUAUUUUGUAGUUAUCACCCUGACAACAGUGGGCUUUGGAGACUAUGUUGCAGGGGAUUCUGGGAUUGCAGGGAGCGACCACUGGUACAAGCCUCUGGUGUGGUUCUGGAUCUUGCUGGGUCUCGCCUACUUUGCUUCUAUCCUGACGAUGAUUGGAAACUGGCUCCGGGUGCUUUCUAAGAAGACCAGAGCUGAGAUGGAAGAACUUCGAGCCCACGCCACGGACUGGACUCAGAACAUCCAGAACAUGUCGGUGGAUUUCCGCAUCCCAGGUAAAAUCGACGACCCCUUCAAGCGGCGCCGGAGAAAGCGCCGCCAUGGUCAGAGUGCGUCGGGUACAGGGCCCUCUGAGGGGAAAGAAGGGCACCCUGAGAACCAGACCGAUUCUGGAUCGUACUGCUCCUCCUCCUCCUUCUCAUCCAAUGAAUCCGGGUCUGGAUCCGAAACAGACUCUCAGGCCACGCAGACGGAGCGAGUGCCUGAAGAAAAAACUGAGAAGGAGGAGCCCCACCUAUCUCAGCCUCUGGACUACUUCGGGGAGAACCUGGCCUUCAUAGACGAAUCCUCAGAUACUCAGAGUGCUAAACUUCAUCUGGAUCCUCUGCUGGACCCAACACAACCCAACCCUGCUCGCUCUCGUCAGCCGAAGAGGAGACGUCACAGAAGGCCUGUUCCACAGAGAAGCCCCGAGGUCAAUGGCUCCAACUCUGACAGGAGGGAGCCCAAUGGAAACCCCAAACCAGUUCCAGAUCUACCACUGAACCUCCGGAUCUAG